AGAGGGAAACAGAAGAUAUGACGAGUCAGAUGAUUACUCUUCUCUCCCCUCCAUUUUCGUUUUCGUCAAACUUUGUUCCCGCAAAGGGUUCAAAUCUCGCGGUUUUUUGCCACUCCAGAAAUCGAAUUCCGACGGCUAUCUCUCGAAACUCCAGAGUUCAAGUCCAAGAUAAAGCAUCUCUUUCUCUUGUAUCCAACCUAAUCUCUUUAGCAGCCGUUGUGGCGACUCUAAACUCAGCUUUGCCCUCCAUUGCAAUCCCAUCGCUAAACUCUCAGACAACUCCCUUUUCCCCGACCACUCCAUUCUCACAAUCUAAGAAGUUGGAGACUGGAUUAGAAGAUAAUGGGAAGAUUAGACCAUGUCCCUCCAUAAAUCCGGGUUGCAUAUCCACAAACCCAAAGUCUUCAUCCUUCGCAUUCCCGUGGGUGAUUCCAGAAAAUUCUUUGGAUAAUGCGGUUCAGAAAUUGCAGGAAGCCAUCAUCGAAACUCAGAAGAAUGCAAAGAUUCUGGUCAUCAAAGAUACCCCAUAUGGCCAAUACCUACAAGCAGAGGUUGAUGGGGGUUUCAGCCCCGACGUGCUGGAGUUCUUGGUGAAAGGAGACACAGUUGCCUACAGAUCCGUUGCUGCUAAGGUCAUUUACAUUUACCCAUUCACUACAGCUUUAGGAGACUCUAAAGGGCAGGAGGAGAGAAUGAAGAAGAUCGUUGACCAGUUGGGGUGGUAUGCUCCAAGUUUUAAUACCAUGGAUUGAUAAUGAUAUUUUUCUGAAAGUUGGAAUAGAAUACCUUCAGAAACUAAUCGUCCCUUCCCAUUCAUGAUUACACCAUAUGUUUUCAACAUACAGGGAUUCAGAUACAAUUGUAUGCACUUAUUGUCCUGCUUUCACAAUUCCAAAUCAGAAUUUGAAAACU